ACACCUGCCAAGAUGCUCCACUUGCAGGGCCCACAGAUGCUGCAGAUGCUAGAAAAAUCCUUGAGGAAGAGCCUCCCUGAGUCCUUAAAGGUUUAUGGGACCAUCUUCCACAUGAACCAAGGAAACCCGUUCAAGCUGAAGGCUCUGGUGGACAAGUGGCCUGAUUUUAAUACAGUAGUUGUCCGUCCUCAGGAGCAGGAGAUGGUAGAUGACCUUGAUCACUACACCAAUACUUACCAAAUCUACUCCAAGGACCCCAAGAACUGUCAUGAAUUCCUUGGCUCACCAGAAGUCAUAAACUGGAAACAACAUUUGCAGAUUCAAAGUUCACAAUCCAACCUGGAUGAGGUGAUAGAAAAUCUUGUAGCUGUUAAACUGAGUCAGGUCAAGCGAACACAAUGCUUCCUCUAUAUGAUCCUUCAGACAGCAAAGAAAUUGGUUCCUUCCCUGCUGAAUGCAAAGAAGUUAUCUCCAAGUGGGGGCACACAUGAUUCCAUCAACCAAGAGAUGUUUAAACUCUCAUCCCUGGAUGUCACACAUGCUGUCCUGGUGGAUAAAUUCUGGCAUUUCGGCGGCAAUGAGAGAAGCCAGAGAUUCAUCAAGCGCUGUAUCCAGACCUUCCCCUCCUUCUGUCUGCUGGGGCCCGAGGGGACCCCUGUGUCCUGGACCCUGAUGGACCAGACAGGAGAGCUGCGGAUGGCAGGCACUGUGCCUGAGUACCGAGGACACCGUCUCAUCUUUCAUGUCAUCUGUGCCCAGAUCCAGGCUCUGGAGAAACUUGGCUUCCCCAUGUAUUCCCACGUGGAUAAAGCCAACCACAGCAUGCAAAGACUGAAUCUCAAAAUCCAGUGUGUCCCUAUGCCCUGUGACUGGAACCAGUGGCAAUGUGUGCCUCUGUGACAAGACAGUGUUGGGUGGACUGCUCUUGUAGCAAGAGGAACGUAUGGAUGAAUGGACAGAAAGAAUACAUUGUCAUCAGUGGUAAUGAAGUGGUCUCUCAGGACAGGGUCAAUCUUAAUACUCCACCUUCCUAGGCUCUCCCUAGCUUCCUCCUUGGAAAGCUUCCCAGCCAGCAUAGCUCCCAUAUUUCCAGGGUUUUCUCACACUUCAUAUCAGUUGCAUGUUUUCCUAUGUUGUCCUUCCUGAAACCCUUGUUCAUUGAUGGACUCUUGCCAACUUGCCAGGAGGUGGUAAUUUUUGCUGGGUUCUAUAAUUUUUCCUUCUGGCUUUCUUUUUAAUGUUGGCAGGAGAGUAAUCUGUCUUUUCAGCUGGUCAUCCUUCCCCAGGUCACAUCUCAAGCCUUAUAUUAUAAUUACGUGAAAUAUAACACACACACACACACACACACACACACAUAUCAUAUAACUUGAGGGUAUUAUGCAAAUGAAAUA